CAGUUUUUGGAUUUAACUUUGUUUUUUUGCUAUUAUCAUUACAAUUCGCAUGUAAAUCAAGGAUAUCUUAUAAUUACAAAAUAAUUAAUUGUGUAAUUAAGCAAAACUCUUAUGUAAUUUGAGGCAAAAAUUCAGUUGUAAUUAAUCGAGAAAGCUAUCGCAAAAAGGAAAUGCCCACUAAUUACCAAAGAUAUAUUAAAAUAUUAGAAAAGUGGCCCAUUGAUAAAACCAAGCCUGGAAGGGACCUCGCAGAAAGAAUUCGACAACAUUUACAAAUACUUGCUGAUCCGACAGUAGUUCCAAAAGAAUCAUUAAGUUUUUAUAAGAACCAGUUGGAUUCGCUUGAAAGGUUGUCAAAGAAUACUUACGGUAACAAAUACAAAAGAAUUUACAAUUCAUCGGCUACCGGCUUAGAUGCCUCACAGUGUAAACAAGUUUUGUCAUCCGAUUUUCUUAAACUUAUGAACGAAGAAAAAGGAAUAUUUUCGAAAUAA